AUGGGGAUAGGCUCCGACAGAGUCCUAGCCCUGGGCACUGCCAUCCUGACCCAGCCCUGCCCUGAAGACAGAAUGAGGGGGGCCUCCUGCCUCCAAGUCCUGCUCCUAAUGCUGCUGGGAGCUGCUGGGACACUGCAGUCUGCAGCCUGCGGGCAGCCUCGCGUGUCUAGUCGGAUCGUGGGGGGCCAGGACGCCCGUGACGGAGAGUGGCCGUGGCAGGCGAGCAUCCAGCACCGCGGGGCGCACGUGUGCGGGGGCUCGCUCAUCGCCCCGCAGUGGGUGCUGACGGCGGCGCACUGCUUCCCGAGGCGGGCGCUGCCGUCCGAGUACCACGUGCGCCUCGGGGCGCUGCACCUGGGUGCCGCCUCGCCCCGCGCCCUCUCGGCGCCCGUGCGGAGGGUGCUGCUACCCCCCGACUACUCCGAGGACAGGGCCCGCGGCGACCUGGCGCUGCUGCAGCUGCGCCGCCCGGUGCCCCUGAGCGCCCAAGUCCAACCUGUCUGCCUGCCGGAGCCCGGGUCCCGCCCGCCCCCCGGCACACCCUGCUGGGUCACUGGCUGGGGCAGCCUCCACCCGGGAGUGCCACUCCCAGAGUGGCGACCUCUGCAGGGAGUCAGGGUGCCACUGCUGGAUGUGCGUGCCUGCGACCGCCUCUACCACCUGGGCACCAACGUGCCCCGUGCUGAGCGCAUAGUGCUGCCUGGGAACCUGUGCGCCGGCUACGUCGAGGGCCACAAGGAUGCCUGCCAGGGUGACUCUGGGGGACCCCUGACCUGUGUGAAGUCUGGGCGCUGGGUCCUGGUGGGCGUGGUGAGCUGGGGCAAGGGCUGUGCCCUGCCCAACCGUCCUGGUGUCUAUACCAAUGUGGCCACUUACAGCCCCUGGAUACAGGCUCACCUCAGCCUCUGAUGCAGUGACACUCGCCUGAAGCCAGACACUGGGGUCCCUCAGCCAGCCGGUUCACCUGGGGACCUGCACAUCCCCCCACCCUGCCCCUUCUGAUUUGAGGCUCAGAGGCCUGAUAACACUAAGGAGCCAUCCGUCCAUCUGUCCAUCCCCUGCCUCCUCCUUGGGGCUCACCAAACCUGAGCUGCCUAUCCUCUUCUAGGAGCCUCCUGCGUGUGUGGGGGUCUCACACUCUCUCCCCUUCCUGUCCAUAUUUACCCUGAGCCCCACCUGGGGCUGGGCCUGGGCACCCAGAGAUGGCCAAGCGACCCGGUGCCCAGUCUGGCCUGUGUGCCCCUCUUCUUCUGGAGGAAGUCAGGGAGAUUGGAAGUGUGAGAGGGACUCAACGCCAAGGACAUGAUUCUUCGUUGCUAGCUUUUGAAGAUAGAGGGGCCACAUGGCAAGGAACUGUGUGAAACCUCCAGGAGCUGAGGGCAGCUCCCAGCUGACAGCCCAGGAGGGGAGACCUCAGUGCUGCAACCGCACGGAACCGAAUCUGGACAACAACCUGAAUGAGCAAGGAGGUGAAUUCUUCACCCAGCCUCCAGCUGAGGGCCCCGCCAGGCCGAGCCAUUGAUUUCAGCCCAGUGAGACCCUGCGCAGAGAGCCCAGCUGAGCUGCCCAAACUUCU